GGGAUGCACCAUCAACACACCCCCUCCCCUCCCCUCCCCUCCCCUCUUCAAAACUCACAAUAAAAAGCCCUUCACUACUCUCACUCCAAUUCUCAACUUCUAUUCUAUUCUACUAAUUUAGCUAAGUCAGCUCAUAGUAGAAACUGAAUAAGCACACAACCAUGAAAUCCACUUCCAAAGCUUUUGUUCUACUUGUUUUAUUUCUCAUCUUUGUGUCAUCAGGUACUGUUGAAGGCUUGGGAACUGACGUAAACCGUAUUCACAAAUUUCAAAAGAUGAGAGAAAUACCAAGAAAGUUGAUGGGGGUGGAUGCAGUGUUAGAUUAUGACUAUGCAGGACCUAAUCCCAGGCAUGAUCCAAGAAAGAGAGGUGGCAAUCACCCUUGAAGAAUAUUACUCUACUACUUUAGUGUAUGGAAAUUUUGAUCAAAACAUCAAAUUCCAAUAUUAGAAUAUUUUGCAAUGUCUUUGUUGCCCCUCUUGGGCAUAAUAAUAAUUGCAACACUCCCUUAGAGAUAAUGUUGCUUGAGUUUUGGCUAGUGCAUGCCUCUGUUAUGUAAGCUAGAUAUAUAUAUAUAUAUAUAUAUAUGUAGUACUAUACGUUAUACUAUAUAUGCUGUUUGAAUUUUGAAAAAAGUUGAAGAGUUGCAUUCUAUUCUACUGAAAUAAAAAAGUUGUUAAGCUUUAUUUACAUA